ACCACAACUCCAACAGCUGUUUCAAACGUCAAAUGUCUAUAGUUUUAUUCAAAUUUAAUAUCGUAUAACAUUAUUUAAAUGGAUCAAUAUUUAUUCUAUUCAAAAUGCAGUCGCUCAAACGAUUGAGUAAUUGGCAACGUAUUUUAUACAAUCGCAUCUCAGCGACUCAUUCACAGUUCCUUGUGCGUACCAAAAAUUUCUAAAUAAAAACAGGUGUUAUGAAACUUUUAAUAAUAUUGUUCAGUUGGCCAUAUUACUUGUUGGAGUUUAUUAAAAUGAUACGAAGGCUGUUGACAACAUUUAUCGAUCAUCAGCCGAUACCAUCGACUGAUAUGAAUAUUAUCGGAUCGUCGAAAUCGUUUCGACUGUCCACAUUGGAAAGCUUAAAUUGGCUACAUUCCGAAUCGCCAUGCUUUCCCGUAAAUGGAAACAAAAUCAAAGUUAUUCUAGAGCCAAGCCAAUUUUAUGAUACGCUCGCAGAAAGUUGUUUGCAUGCCAAAUAUCGCAUUGUAAUGGCAAGUCUUUACUUGGGUAUUGGUGACUUGGAAAAUAAACUCAUUGCAAAUAUUCACACGAAUUUAGCACAAAACGAUCGAUUAAAAGUGGAUAUGCUUCUUGACUAUACACGUGGUACGCGUGGGGAAAUAAACUCAAAGACCACGCUGAUGUCGCUAGUACGAAAGACAAAAAAUUUCAAAUUAUCGCUCUAUCACACACCGGCGUUACGCGGUCUGACCAAGAAACUGAUGCCGCCUCGCUGGAAUGAACUGAUCGGAUUACAACACAUGAAAUUGUAUUUGUUCGAUGAAACUGUUGUCAUAAGUGGUGCCAAUUUAUCAAAAGAUUAUUUCACAAAUCGUCAAGAUCGGUACAUAAUGAUCGAAGACAAACCGUUGGCAGACUUUUACGCAAAUCUGAUCGGCAAGGUGCAAGAGUUUAGUCUUCAAGUCAAACAGAACGAGGACGUUGAAUUGCAUUCGAAGUGGAAUUUAGUGCCGUUUGAGGCUGCAACGGUCGAUUUUGCAAGUGUUGCGCGUGAGAGAAUCGUUGAUUUUUUUCAGACGAUUGCCCAACAACAGAAAGAUGCAAUGGAUGUGAGAAAAGAUGCUGACACAUGGGUGUUUCCACUAGUCGAAAUGGGACAAUUAGGAUUGCAUCAUGACAGCUUGGUUACGAAAAAACUGUUGUCUUCAUCCUUGAAACAUUCGAUGCUUCGACUCGCUUCGGGUUAUUUUAACUUAACGGACUCUUAUAUGCACACGCUGACUCACGACUGCCCAGCUAGUUGCAGUAUUUUAAUGGCUCAUCCGAAUGCAAAUGGUUUUCAAGGCGCCAAAGGACCAGCUGGAGGAAUACCUGCAGCGUACACUUUAAUUGCCAGAUAUUUCUAUAAAAAGCUGAAAAAAGCCAAUCAACAUCACAGAUUUAAAUUGCUCGAAUACAGCAAACCUGGCUGGACGUAUCAUGCAAAGGGCUUGUGGUAUUAUCUUCCGGGUUGCGAUCUUCCGACGGUCACACUAAUUGGAUCAUCGAACUUUGGCGAACGGUCGGUGAACCGCGAUUUAGAAACACAAAUUUGCUUAGUUACAACAAACGAAUCACUGCAACGGAUGCUCCAAGUUGAAACCGAUCAUUUGUUCCAGAAUGGAUCGAUGGCAGAGGAAGCAUUAAUGUCACGACCGGUGCCUCGUUGGGUUCGAACGGUUGUGUCAUUGUUUCGUAACUAUUUUUAGUGAUUUCCGCUUUUUUUUCGGCUACUUAACAGUCCAAAAGUUUCAGUCUCACCGUCAGUCAGUCACCUUAUAAAAAGUCUUAGCGAUUACAAAUAAAACAAAUUGUUGAUAUUUUUA